GGUGGAAAUCAUAGGGGCGCUCUCCGGGGAGGGUCCAAUAGAAUAUUCAUCAGCUUUCCAGGUCAGCCAUGUCAUCUGAACCUCCUCCGCCACCGCAGCCCCCCACCCACCAGGCUUCCGUCGGGCUGCUGGACACCCAGCGGACCCACAAUCGCUCACCGUCCCCUCUCCGGAGCAAUGUGGUCCCCAGCCCACUGCCCACUCGUCGUACGAGGACCUUCUCCGCAACGGUGAGGGCCUCGCAGGGCCCCAUCUACAAAGGAGUAUGCAAGUGCUUCUGUCGAUCCAAGGGCCACGGCUUCAUCACCCCUGCUGACGGCGGCCCCGACAUCUUCCUGCACAUCUCCGAUGUGGAAGGGGAGUACGUCCCGGUGGAAGGCGACGAGGUCACCUAUAAGAUGUGCUCCAUCCCGCCCAAGCAUGAGAAGCUGCAGGCCGUGGAGGUGGUCAUCACCCACUUGGCGCCGGGCACCAAGCACGAGACCUGGUCCGGCCACGUCGUCAGCUCCUAGGAGAGGCCAGGAGCACCCCUUCUCCUGGGCUUGUGGGAGACUCUGGGGGGAGGAGGCAGCCGGACUGGAGAUGACAUUCCACUGCCCAAGAUACGGCUUCACAGCAGGGAGUACGGUCCCUUUCAAGUAGCUCCUGGAGGAAGGGGUGUCUGGGGCAGGCACGGGGUGUCUGGGCCACCAGCACAGUCUCUGACCAUCACAACAACCUCACCAUCUGAAAAGUAUUAAAAGCAUUGAACAAGGA